UAGUACACUCGAACCUUAAAACUUGCACCAUAAAACACUUGCCAAACACAAGAGUAGCUAGCAUUUAGAGAUCUAAACUUCCAAACCCAGAAAAAAAAUGGUGAUAUCAUUCUUGCCAACACUCUUAUUUCCACCACCAUCUUCGUUGUUCGUCACCGCAAUGUCGAUAUUAAGCUGUCUUUCACUCGCACACAGCGGAUACAUGGAAACCAAAGGCAAACACAUCCAGUAUUCCAAGUUCUUUAAUGUCGCAAACUCGAAGAAACCAACGAAGGAUCAAGAAAUCAAGUUGGCUAGUAGAAAUGGGAUGUUGUUACUCUAUACACCAGCGUUCCUCGUAGGUCUUGUUUCUUUCGUGGCUUUUCGCGGUCAAGAUCUUCGACUCUUAAUGGUUGUAUCUGCUCUUACCAUUCAUUUCUUCAAGAGGGUCAUUGAGGUGCUUUUAGUUCACAAAUAUAGCGGUUACAUGGCACUUGAAGCUGCAAUACCGAUCACUUUAAGCUACACCAUCUCUACCGCGACAAUGAUUUACGCGCAAUACCUAUCCGAAGCAUAUGUUGAGCCGUUAGUCGAUCUCAAAUAUGUUGGAGCUACGUUGUUCUUGAUUGGAAUAACCGGAAACUUUUACCAUCAUUGGAUUCUUUCAAAUCUAAGAAAGAAGGGUGAUAAAGAGUAUAAAAUCCCAAAUGGAGGAUUGUUUAAUUUGGUCAUAUGCCCACACUAUCUGUUCGAGAUUCUAGAGUUCAUAGGAAUCGCUUGCAUAUCGCAAACAAUGUAUUCGGUUUCGUUCACUAUUGGCACGAUAUGCUACUUGAUGGGAAGAAGUUUGGCUACAAGAGAAUGGUACGUGUUGAAGUUUGGGGAGAAGUUUAACAAGGAUGUCAAGGCUCUAAUUCCAUAUAUUUUUUAAAUAUUUUGAGAAUGUAAUUUAUAAUAAAGUUGUGUAAGGAAUGUAUAUUGUUUAGUUUUUAGUAAGCAAGAAGACAUUUUUUGGUUU